AUGAAAAGGCCGUCGUAUACCAGUCCCCGGUCGCAGAUAGUCAUCUGCAUAUGUUUAGUGUCCGUGCAGUUGGUGUUCAUAAUCGCGUGGAUAAUCCGCGACCCGCCCUCUGUCAAGGAAGUCAUCUAUAACCAGGGCUUUCGUAUGUUUUCGGUGCUCCAGUGCGGGAUAUCCAGCGCCUCGAUGGGCGUAUCGCUCGUCUACAAUAAGCUGCUCAUCAUUUUGUGCACCACUUAUGCGUUUAAGACCAGAAAAAUACCCGAAAACUUCAAUGAAGCCAAAUAUAUAGGGUUUACAAUGUAUUCCACUUGUAUUGUGUGGUUGGCAUUCAUUCCCAUCUAUUUCGGCACUAAUAAUGAUUUCAAAAUCCAAAUCGCCAGUCUCUGUAUGUGUAUAUCGAUCAGCGCGACGGUAGCACUCGGCUGUCUAUUUGUCCCAAAACUAUACAUAUGUUUGUUUCAAAGUUAUAAAAACGUGAGACACGCUCCCGGGGCCACAAACACCCAGCAAAGUAACUCCACAUCAGGGGUACUGCGGUUCGCACGGCCCACCUGUUCGGCCAUUAUAGGGGCCACGGCUAUGGUCAGUGCCCACCACUGCGCGCCUAUGAUAGUCAUACCGGAGCCCUCAUCCGGUGAUAUGAAGACCACGUCGACCACAAACGGCGAGUGGACGUCACCCUCGGCUGAGGAAAGUCAGGACGAGAAGGACGACGUGAAAGAGAAAUACAUAUGAAAUCUUGAGACCCAUUAUCAUCCACUUAGCCAUUAGACACGAGCCAAACAUUAUAUAUAUUUGUUAUCGUUUUAUCACAUUUUAUACCACUAUUUAAGUCC